AUGGGUGUAAUCGCAUACACAGACGAGUACACUUCCCCUAUCCCUCCAGCCAGACUGUUCAAAGCCUUGGUCAUUGAUGCUCACAACCUGAUCCCAAAACUCCUGCCACAGGUUGUUAAGAGCAUUCAAAUCAUUCAGGGCGAUGGAGGGGCUGGUAGCAUCAGGAAGAUCACUUUCGCCGAAGGUAGCCAGUUUAGUACCGUUAAGAACCGAAUUGACGAGCUAAAUGAAGAGACAUAUUCCUACAAGUAUACGGUGAUCGAAGGUGAUGCCUUAGCUGACAAGUUUGAAUCUAUUGUUCAUGAGGUCCAAUUAGAGGCAACAGCAGAAGGUGGCAGUAAAAAUAAGAUGACAACCAAGUACCAUACCAAGGGUGACAUUGUCAUCAAGGAAGAGGAAAUCAAGGCUGGCAAGGAGAAGGUGCUGGGUAUGUACAAAGUUGUCGAAGGCUACCUCAUCCAAAACCCUGAUGCGUAUGCUUAA